AUGGCAUCCAUCUUCAACAUCCUCACCCGCGGCGGCAGCAGCAGCAGCAGCAGCAAGCCCACCAACAAGCCGACGCCCUCCCCCCCCUCACCACCCCACCCCCUCGUCCCACUCACGUAUCCGCCCUUCCUCGCCGCCCGGCCCCAGCCCGCCGGCUGGCUGCGCACGCAGCUCCGCCUCGGCGCGCGCGGCCAGGCCGGCGCCCUCGGAAAGUUCUACCGCUUCGUCGUCCAGAGCAGCUGGGUGCUCGGCGAGGGCGCGCCAGAAGCGCACGAGUACUCGGCGCUGAACGAGGCGGCGCCGUACUGGUACCGCAGCGUCGUCAUGCUUGCGGCGGCGCUGGGGACGGAGGAGGACGAUGAAGACGCGCAAGAGCUGUGGCGGCAGGCGAAUGCGUUCGUCGACCACGUGCUGCGCACGCAGGCGGACGACGGGUGGUUGGGUCCCGAGCGCAGCCGGCAGACGAGAGGGAUCUGGGCGCGCUGUCUGCUGCUGCAGGGCAUGGUGGUGCAUGCGCGGGCGGACGCGACUCGGGAGGAGGCGAUCCGCGGGGCGAUUGCAAGAUUUGUGAAGCUGGUGCGGGAGAUGCUGCAGCGGGGCUGGGAGGGCUAUCUCCCCGACGAGGCGGAGGGCGACGUCUUCGAUCCGCAGCUGUUUGGCGUGGCGAGGGCGCAUGAGCUGGCGACUGUGUUGGAGCCGCUGUUCCAGGAGGGGCCGGAUGGCAGCGACGAGGGGAGGGACAUGUGGGAUGUUAUGGAGAUGAUGUGGGAGGGGGGACGGGUGGGCGAGAGGGACUGGACGGGGUUUUUGAGCGAGUCGGGCUUUUUGAAGACGCCGGCUGUGAAGGGCGAGGUCAGCAAUUUCUGCCAUGGGGUCAAUGUCGCGCAGGGCCUCCGCUACCCCGCCCAGCUCUACCGCAUGCACCCCACGCCCACGCUGCUGGAACAAAGCAAACGCGCCGCCGACCUCGUCUUCACCCACCACGGCACGGCCGCCGGCUCCAUGGCCAGCGACGAGUACCUGGGCGGGCUGGCGCCGACGCGCGGCUCCGAGACGUGCUGCACCGUCGAGCUGAUCUUCAGCCUCACCUACCUGUACACGCUGUUUGGCGAGAGCGAGCUGGCCGAGCGGGCCGAGAAGGCGGCGUUCAAUGCGCUGCCGGCGGCACUGAGCGAGGAUUGGUGGGCCCAUCAGUAUGUGUGCCAGGUCAACCAGCCGUGGGCGAAGCAGUUGGAGGUGCCGGACGGGGAGCGCAGGCCGUGGUAUGACGUGUGCGUGUACGCGAACGUGUUUGGGCUGGAGCCCGAGUAUCCCUGCUGCACCGUCAACCACCCCAUCGGCUAUCCCUCCCUGCUUGCCAACGCCUUCUUGCGCGUCCCGCAACAGUACGACGACGGCAUCCUGCACGCCCACAUCCUGCCCUCGCGUCUCACGACUCCCGACGCCAUCACCAUCGACGCGCAGACAAACUACCCCUUCGUCCCCGCCGCGCUGCUCUACACCAUCACGACGCCCAAGCCCUUGACCUUCUACAUCCGCGUGCCGACGUCCAUCGACCACGCCACGUCGACCAUCGCGGUCCGCGGUCCACACACCCAAACCGAAAACGAGCAGCCCUUCGCGCCCAACUUCCACGCCGGCCUCCACCGCAUCCCCCUCCCCGCCGCAGGCACCUACACCAUCGCCGCAACCCUGCGCGCCGAGCCCCGCGCCGAGACGCACCCCGACGGCUCCGUCUCGGUGCACUGCGGCCCGCUGCUGUAUGCCCACGCCGUGCCGUACACGACGACGACGCGUCCCCCGCGCGACUUUAAGGACCAGGAGCGCGAUUGCCCGGACUUUGCUGCUGCGAGCAUAGCGAGUGAAGCGGGCAAAAACAAGAAUGACGACGAAGAGCCCUGGAAAUCCCACAUCCGCGACCACUUCCUCGUCCCGCAGACGCCCGACUGGGGCCUCGCCAUCGACCCGUCCCAGCCACUGACGCUGCGCGCGCCGGACCCGUGGCUGGACAAGGCGCACACGCGGACGCCAUGGGCGCCCGACGCCGCGCCGACGGCCGUCGAAGUGUCUGGCGUGCAGGUCCCGUGGCCGUUGAAGGGGGGUACGGCGGCCGAGCCGGGCGAGGUGGAUACGAGCGAUGAGGGGGCGUGGGGGGCACGGGGAAGGGUCAGGCUGGUGCCGUUCGCGACGGCGAGGGUCAGGGUCGCGCAGUUUCCAGUUGUGAGGUUGGGGGAGGGGGAGGGGGGUGAUAAGGAGAAAGAGGAGAAGGUAGGGAAGGCGGGGAGGUGCGUGUGCAUGUAG